GACUCGGAGGUCCAGUGUGGGCCUGACACCUCGAGCCCGUCUCCAACAGGCCGGCAGCGCGGCGGUCCCGCGGCUGGCAGAGCGCAGGCAGGUGCGGGCCGAGGAAGCCUGAGAGAACUACGUCUCCCGGCAUGCUCCGCGCGGGCCACGCGACACACUUCCGGCGCGGCGGGCGAGGUGUUGACAGGAGAACCACGUCUCCCGGCAUGCUCCUGUCGCGCCCCGUGGCGCACUUCCGGCGCGGCGGCCCGGCGGCGGGACCAGGGCGCCCGCUGUGGCCGUGGCCGGGCGGCUGCGGCGGCGCGAUGUUCGUGCAGGAGGAGAAGAUCUUCGCGGGCAAGGUGCUGCGACUGCACAUCUGUGCGUCCGACGGCUCCGAGUGGCUGGAGGAGGCGGACGAGGGCACCUCGGUGGAGAAGCUCAAGGAGCGCUGCGUCAAGCACUGUGCUCAUGGGAGCUUAGAAGACCCCAAAAGUGUGACCCAUCACAAAUUAAUCCACGCUGCUUCAGAGAGGGUGCUGAGUGAUCCCAAAACAAUCUCGGAAGAGAACAUCCAAGACAAAGAUGUCUUACUGUUGAUAAAAAAGCGUGCUCCAGCUUCUCCUCCCAAGAUGGCCGAUGUCUCAGAGGAAGAAAAGAAAAAACAAGACCAGAAAGCCCCUGAUAGAGAUGCCAUAUUCCGCGCAACUGCUAACCUGCCCUCCUACGACAUGGACCGGGCUGUGGUCCAGACCAACAUGAGAGACUUCCAGACAGAGCUCCGGAAAAUCUUGGUGUCUCUCAUCGAGGUGGCACAAAAGCUGUUAGCGCUGAACCCUGAUGCAGUCGAAUUAUUCAAGAAGGCAAAUGCCAUGCUGGAUGAAGACGAGGAUGAGCACAUGGAUGAAGCAGCCCUGCGGCAACUCACAGAGAUGGGCUUUCCUGAGAGCAGAGCUGCGAAGGCCCUCCGGCUGAACCACAUGUCAGUGCCACAGGCCAUGGAGUGGCUGAUCGAGCGCGCAGAUGACCCAGCCACAGACACGCCUCUUCCAGGCCAAGCCUCGCCGGGGGUGGCAGGGGCCGAGGCUGCCCCCGAGGCUGCGGCCGGGACUAACGAGGGAGACGAGGAGGUCAGAGACGAGCUCACGGAAAUCUUCAAGAAAAUCCGGAGGAAAAGGGAAUUUCGGGCUGAUGCUCGGGCUGUCAUUUCCCUGAUGGAGAUGGGAUUCGAGGAGAAGGAGGUGAUGGACGCCCUCAGAGUGAACAACAACCAGCAGAGCGCCGCCUGUGAGUGGCUGCUGGGAGACCGGAAGCCCUCUCCCGAGGAGCUGGACAAAGGCAUCGACCCCAACAGCCCUCUCUUUCAAGCCAUCCUGGAUAACCCAGUCGUGCAGCUGGGCCUGACCAACCCUAAAACGUUACUAGCGUUUGAAGACAUGCUGGAGAACCCCCUGAACAGCACCCAGUGGAUGAACGACCCUGAGACGGGGCCAGUCGUGCUGCAGAUCUCCCGGAUCUUCCAGACCCUGAACCGCACAUAGGCAGGCCUGCUGCUCGCUGUGCCCUCCCGGGGCGGCUUCCAGCCAGACCGCUUCUGCUUCCCCACCAAGCCAGGAAGAGCAGGAAGACCCCUGGUUCUGCUGGGCUGGGCAGGAAGGGAGCGGCCAGGGCUGGGCUGUUCUCAUGCUUUGAUCUAACUGCUGAACAGCUGCGACAGCAGCGUGCAAGGCCGUGCUCAGUCUCUGACAGUGUUUACAAAUAGGUGGUCGCUGCUCCGGGAAGGGCCGCCCCCCUCCAGAGGGUCUCCUGGGCUCUUGAAAUGCUACUUGAAUUGACUAUAGGCGCUGCUUUAGGGUCCGCUUGUUACACAAUAGGAGGCAUGUUUCACCCACAGUGUUAACGUCACGUGUACUAAACUGACUUCCAUAGAGGAACUUACAGAUGACGUCUUUAAUAAGUAAACUCCCUUUUUCCUAUUCUUUGUCUUGGAGUUCUAGUGCCAGAGGAGAAGCCGCAUGCGUCCUGGCAAGCGUCUGCAUCCUUGGCAGAACCAGUGUGCUCGCCGCUUUCCCUUGGUGGGACCGGACGGGCCUUGAGCGGGCCUGCACCCCUGCCCUCUGACGGUGGGACCCGAGCCCCAGCAGGGACUCGCCCCAGGCUGCCCUUGGCCACCUUCCUUUUAAGCAUCCUCUGUGCCUUAAAAUGAGAAAAUGGC